AUGAAAAAGAAGUUUUAUUCGUGGGAUGACUGCGUCAGUUUACGGGAAGUGAAGUCGUUAAGGAAGCUGAAUCAUCCUAAUAUUGUGAAAUUAAAAGAAGUAAUUAGGGAGAAUAACGAGUUAUAUUUUAUAUUUGAAUACAUGAAAGAGAAUUUGUACCAGAUGUUAAAAGAUAGGGACCGUUACCUGGCGGAGUCUGUAGUUAGAAAUAUCAUCUACCAAGUUCUGCAAGGCCUCACGUUCAUGCAUAAAAAUGGAUUCUUCCACCGAGACUUGAAACCUGAGAACCUAUUGUGUACAGGGCCAGACCUGAUUAAAAUCGCCGACUUUGGACUAGCGAGGGAAACCCGUUCGCAGCCUCCUUACACAGACUAUGUCUCGACGAGAUGGUAUCGUGCCCCAGAAGUCCUCCUCCGUGCCACCAACUACAGCUCCCCCAUUGACAUGUGGGCAGUUGGCUGUAUCAUGGCUGAGGUCUACACUCUCCGUCCACUCUUCCCUGGUAGUUCAGAGAUUGACCAAAUAUUCAAGAUUAGUUCUAUUCUUGGCACACCAGAAAGGAAGUGCUGGGAAGAAGGCUACAGGCUGGCUGCCAGCAUGAACUUUCGUUGGCCCCACUGCGUCCCCAUCAACCUGAAAACAGCUGUGCCAAAUGCCAACAAUGAGGGGUUGGCUGUGAUGAGGGAUCUCAUGAAGUGGAACCCUAAGGACCGACCCUCUGCUAGUCAGACAUUAAAGUACAAUUUCUUCCAUGUUGGCGUCAAACUGAAUGGACCAAAGCCACAACAACCACCUCCACAACAACAGCAACAACAACAACAACAACAACAGUUAUAUCAUCACCAUCAUCACCAACAACAGCAACAACACCAGCAGAAGCAACAGCAACAUCAUCAUCAACAACAGCAGCCAGGUAGCCAUCGAAUGGACGGAGAGAUUGGUGGUGUGAAGGGUGGUGAAGUGGGGAGUAUCCUCCGGGAGCAGUACAAGUACCACACACCUCACACUCACCCACAGUUGAAGCCCCUUGCCGAGAACCGCAACAAUACCAACAUCCUGCCGACCCUGACAUCGGGGAAGACGAGUCAGGAACCAACCCCUCAGCUUCACCAUCAUUCUGCCAAAAAGAUGAGCGCCCGGAAGCGCUGGGGCCUGGACAUGUCCUGGGAUGAGCCUGACAGUUUUGACUUCAGCGAUGUCCAGAACACUAAACACUCGUUUCUGUCGGGCUUGAAGGACAAACACACCGAGAACAAUGCCAGUUACAUCUUUGACGAUAUUGGCUUUGAUGAAGAAUUUGCCAGCUUCUCCAAGAAGAAGGCUCCACCUGUGAAGGCGCCAAUGACCAAUAGACAGAACUCUGGUCAACACACCAGCCGGUCAUCGGCCAAACAGUUUUACCUUGGGAAAGCUCGUUACCUACCAGGUACGUAUAACAGUCAACCAUGUGUAUAUGGGAUGUAUGUAUGUGCACGUGUGUGUGGGGUAUGGUUCUUGUGACAGGAUGUGGAUCAU